GCGCCGGCCGACUCUCUGGCAGGUCCAACACAACCCGCCGUCUUUUCUCGUGGCAUAGGUUUGGAAGCGUCCUCCAACCACAAACACCAGCGGCCGCCACGGAGGCCUUCAGAUGGUCGCCCGCCGUCCUCGCAGCUACCCUAGCGAACUACACCCACGACUUCCGGUCCCUAGGCUCGGGUCUCUAGGUAGAGCGGAGAACUAUAUUUGCCGGUGUGUCGCGCGGGUCCCGCCCCCAGGGAUCUGGACAGCGACGGAAAAGCCCCCCCCCCCCGACGGAAGUGCGUAAUUUCCGUUGCGCCACCGGGCUCACGUUCUGUCUUCGUGAGCGGAGGCCUGGGAUGACGUCCGGUUUCCGCUUUUGUGCGACGGAAGUGGCGCAUUGCGCCGAGCGCCGAGCCGAGGUCGCGAUGCGGGGUGUCUUGAGUGCACCUGCGGCCGGGGCCGUGCGGGCGCUGCGGCUUGUGGGCUGGGCUCGAAGCUUGCACUCACCGCCCGGCGGCAGCGUUCCACCUUCCCGACCUCCGACAGAGGGGGACGAGGAGGAAGACCCCAGCCGCCCCUUUCCUUUUUCACCCAGUGGAGCCAACCCGUUCCGUUGGACGGUGCUGCACUCCUUGGGAAAGAACCAGCAGCGUUCCGGGUGGAAAGUGCUGCCCUUCGGCUGCUUCUUCUUGGUGGUGGUCGUCUGGUGCUACCUGAGGGGGGAGAACAGCGCGGACCAAUGGUGGAGGAGGGUGCUGGUCGAAGAGGCGCCGGAGCCCGGGGAUAGUGCUGAGGAGUUCGGAACUCCGGCGCCUACGGGGCGAGAAGUUAACAGGGUGUAAGAACAGGCCGUCGCCCUUCGGAUUGAACGUGGUCUCUGGCGACUUCUGCCCCGGUUAAGCAUUCGCCUUCCGCCCUGAAGGACUCGCUGCUCACACGCGCAGGCCGGGUUGAAAGUCAGCAACCCCUACCCUUCUCUUGCCUGACACGGGUAUCCCGGUUUAUGUCCAAGACUUCAGAUCCAUAGAAUUUGGGGCUACAUUGUGGCUGUUGGAUUUGUGGACUUCACACAAUGUAAUCAUGUUUCCGAUGCUGUUCUCAUGACAGAAGUAGCCCAAUGCCAUUUUGCAGGUCAUUUACUUUAUGAGACAAAAUAACUGUUAGUAAUGUUAAAGUUUAUAAUGCUGCACCAUGUGUGUAGUUAAUACCUGUGGGUAUGUUUUUACACACUAACAUCUUAGUGUGACGAUACCAAAUUUACUAAAUUCAGGUUAAGGUGAUUCCUUUUUUUCCUCGCAUGUAAUUAAAAAGAAAAAGAUGCCCGUAAACUAAAAGCCACCUUUUAAAAUUUCGCUGUUUGGGGCUGGGGAUAUAGCCUAG